CCCUCAGGAAGGGCGAAAGCCGAGGAAGAGGUGGCAAGGGGAAAGGUCUCCUUGCCCCUCUCCCUGCUUGGCAGAGCCGCUGGAGGACUCCAGGCGGAAGCGGCGGCGCUGGGGCACCAUAGUGACCCCUACCAGGUUAGGCCCUACUCUCAGGGCCCCCAGGGGCCACCAUGCCAGCUGGGGGCCGGGCUGGGAGCCUGAAGGACCCUGAUGUGGCUGAGCUCUUCUUCAAGGAUGACCCUGAAAAGCUCUUCUCUGACCUCCGGGAAAUUGGCCAUGGCAGCUUUGGAGCUGUGUAUUUUGCCCGAGAUGUUCGCAAUAGCGAGGUGGUGGCCAUCAAGAAGAUGUCCUACAGUGGGAAGCAAUCAAAUGAGAAAUGGCAGGACAUCAUCAAGGAGGUGCGGUUCUUGCAGAAGCUCCGACAUCCCAAUACCAUUCAGUACCGGGGCUGUUACCUGAGGGAGCACACGGCUUGGCUGGUGAUGGAGUAUUGUCUGGGCUCAGCUUCUGACCUUCUAGAAGUGCACAAGAAGCCCCUUCAGGAAGUAGAGAUCGCAGCUGUGACCCAUGGGGCUCUUCAAGGCCUGGCCUACCUGCACUCCCACAACAUGAUCCACAGGGAUGUGAAGGCUGGAAACAUCUUGCUGUCAGAGCCAGGCUUAGUGAAGCUGGGGGACUUCGGCUCCGCAUCCAUCAUGGCACCUGCCAACUCCUUCGUGGGCACCCCAUACUGGAUGGCUCCAGAGGUGAUCUUGGCCAUGGACGAGGGGCAGUACGAUGGCAAAGUGGACGUUUGGUCCUUGGGGAUAACUUGCAUUGAGCUGGCGGAGCGGAAGCCACCACUGUUUAACAUGAACGCGAUGAGUGCCUUAUACCACAUUGCACAGAAUGAGUCCCCCGCACUCCAGUCAGGACACUGGUCUGAGUACUUCCGGAAUUUUGUCGAUUCCUGCCUUCAGAAAAUCCCUCAAGAUAGACCAACCUCAGAGGUUCUUCUGAAGCACCGUUUUGUGCUCCGGGAAAGGCCACCCACAGUCAUCAUGGACCUGAUCCAGAGAACCAAGGAUGCUGUACGGGAGCUGGACAACCUGCAGUACCGCAAGAUGAAAAAGAUUCUAUUCCAAGAGGCCCCCAAUGGUCCUGGUGCUGAGGCACCAGAGGAGGAGGAGACCACGCCCUGUUCACAGGAGACCGAGCCCUACAUGCACCGGGCAGGGACACUGACCAGUCUGGAGAGUAGUCACUCAGUGCCCAGCAUGUCCAUCAGUGCUUCCAGCCAGAGCAGCUCAGUCAACAGCCUAGCAGAUGCCUCGGACAAUGAAGAAGAGGAGGAGGAAGAAGAGGAGGAGGAGGAGGAAGAAGGCCCUGAAGCCCGAGAGAUGGCCAUGAUGCAGGAGGGCGAGCACACAGUCACUUCCCACAGCUCCAUAAUUCACCGCCUGCCGGGUUCUGACAACCUAUAUGAUGAUCCCUACCAGCCAGAGAUAACUCCGGGCCCAAUCCAGCCACCUGCAGCCCCAGCUCCCACUUCUACCACUUCUUCUGCCCGCCGCCGGGCAUACUGCCGCAACCGGGACCACUUUGCCACCAUCCGUACUGCCUCUCUGGUUAGCCGGCAGAUCCAGGAGCAUGAGCAGGAUUCAGCCCUGCGGGAGCAGCUAAGUGGCUAUAAGCGGAUGCGGCGACAGCACCAGAAGCAGCUUCUGGCCUUGGAGUCAAGGUUGAGGGGUGAACGUGAGGAGCACAGUGCACGGCUGCAGCGGGAACUUGAGGCACAGCGGGCUGGCUUUGGGGCUGAAGCCGAAAAACUGGCCCGGCGACACCAGGCCAUUGGUGAGAAGGAAGCACGAGCUGCCCAGGCAGAGGAGCGAAAGUUCCAGCAACAUAUUCUUGGGCAGCAGAAAAAAGAGCUGGCUGCCCUUCUGGAAGCACAGAAGCGAACCUAUAAGCUUCGAAAGGAGCAACUGAAGGAGGAACUGCAGGAGAACCCGAGCACACCCAAGCGGGAGAAGGCAGAGUGGCUGCUGCGGCAGAAGGAGCAACUGCAGCAAUGCCAGGCAGAGGAGGAGGCAGGGCUGCUGCGGCGCCAGCGCCAGUAUUUCGAGCUGCAGUGUCGCCAGUAUAAGCGCAAGAUGCUGCUGGCCCGUCAUAGCCUGGACCAGGACCUGCUGCGAGAGGACUUGAACAAGAAACAGACACAGAAGGACUUGGAGUGUGCUUUGCUGCUGAGGCAGCAUGAGGCCACUCGGGAGCUGGAGCUUCGGCAGCUCCAGGCUGUCCAGCGCACACGAGCCGAACUCACCCGCCUCCAGCACCAGACGGAGCUGGGCAACCAGCUGGAGUACAACAAGCGACGUGAACAAGAGUUACGGCAGAAGCAUGCGGCCCAGGUUCGCCAGCAGCCCAAGAGCCUCAAAGUACGUGCAGGCCAGCGCCCCCCAGAACUCCCCAUUACUGGCAUUCUGAGACCACCCAGCACAGGCACUCCUAGUGAAGAGCCACCCUGCUCCUCUAGCCAGGAGACAGUCCUGGACCAAAGGGUGCUGGGAAAGGAGGAGGAAGCAGUGUCAGAGAGGAUUCUGGGAAAGGAAGGGAUCACCUUGGAGCCAGAGGAGCAGAGGAUUUUGGGGGAAGAGUCAGGAACCCUUAGUCUCAGCUCAGAAAAACAUAGGAAUUUGGCUAAGGAGGAAGAUUGGGAUCAACCUGAGGAGAUAGAGUCGCUUAGAGUCCCAUUGCUGGCACCUGAGGAAAGAAGCAUUGCUGGCGAGGAGGAGGCUGGGGCGUGGAGGCUGUGGGGAAAGGAGGGUGGACACUUUCUGUAUGAGGAGUUGGAUCUCUGUUGGCUCCAGGGUCCAGCACUGACUCCAGUGCCAGAGGAGGAGGAGGAGGAGGAAGGGGCUCCAAUUGGAACCCCUAGGGAUCCUGGAGAUGGCUGCCCCUCCCCAGACAUCCCUCCAGAGCCACCUCCACCACAUCUAAGGCCUGGCCCUGCUAGCCAGCUCCCUGGACUCUUGUCUCAUGGCCUCCUCGCUGGCCUCUCCUUUGCAGUAGGGUCUUCCUCUGGUCUCCUGCCCCUAUUACUUCUGCUGCUGCUCCCACUGCUGGCAGCCCAGGGCGGGGGUGGCCUGCAGGCAGCACUGCUAGCCCUUGAAGUGGGCUUGGUAGGCCUGGGGGCCUCCUACUUACUCCUUUGUACAGCUCUGCACCUGCCCCCCAGCCUGUUUCUGUUUUUGGCACAGAGCAGUGCACUAGGGGCUGUCCUGAGUCUGAGCUGGCGCCGAGGCCUUAUGGGUGUGCCUCUGGGGCUUGGGGCAGCCUGGCUCCUGGCUUGGCCAGGUCUGGCUCUACCCCUGGCAGCUAUGGCAGCUGGGGGCAAAUGGGUGCGGCAGCAGGGCCCCUGGAUCCGCCGGAGCAUAUCUCGACUGUGGUUGCGGGUUCUGCUGCGCCUAUCACCCAAGGCCUUCCAGGCCCUACAGGGCUUUGGGGCUGUAGGGGACCGGGGCCUAUUUGCACUCUACCCCAAGACCAACAAAGACGGCUUCCGUAGCCGCUUGCCUGUUCCUGGACCUCGGAGGGGUAAACCUCCCACUGCUCGGCACCCAUUAGCCUUGUUGUCGAGGGUUUGGGCCUUGUGCAAGGGCUGGAACUGGCGCCUGGCACGGGCCAGCCAAGGUUUAGCCUCCCAUUUGCCCCCCUGGGCCAUCCACACACUGGCCAGCUGGGGCUUGCUUCGUGGUGAAAGGCCCAGUCGGAUUCCUCGGCUGCUCCCACGCAGCCAGCGUAGACUUGGGCCUCCCGCCUCCCGCCAGCCACCACCAGGGGCCUUAGCUGGGCGGAGAUCCCGGACUCGCCAGUUCCGGGCCCUGCCUCCCUGGAGGUAACCAAUUCCCAUCUUUCCUGCCCAAAUCUAGAGCAGCGAGCACUUUAUCUCCCAGACUCAGUGAUGGUUUUUUUCAGUCCCCAAGUCCUCUCCUUCCUUCCACCCUUCCUCCCUCAGCAUGCUCCCCCCCACCCCUAGCCCAGCCUUUGGGGCCUUUAGACAGACAGCCUCCUCCACCAUAGAGUCCACAAGUCACACUUUGUGUUCUCCUGACCCCUAAGUUAUUGCUGUUCUCCCACUGUGUGUGUGUUCAUCCUCACCCUCAUCGACUCAGGCCUGGGGCCAGGGGGGUGGGGUGGGAAAAAUAUUACAGUUUUUUUUUUUCUCCUCUUUGAUUUUGUUUUUCUGUCUCCCUUCCAACCUGUCCCCCUCCCCCCUACCAAAAAAAAAGAAAAAAAAGAAAGAAAAGAAAAAUAUAAACAUAAAUAAAAUAUCUGAGCGGAACUA